UUGCUUUCUGGAUAUAUACUAUUUUUUUUUUUUUUUGCUUCUUUGGAUUCACCUGAAUUAAUCUCUGCAGCAACUCUGGCAAAUCCUUGGUGGACAGGUCAGGGGGGGUUAUCUGGGGUUGACCCAGGAACCCAUUCACCUGGCCUAAGCAAACGCCACGCAGACCUUGCAAUCAACGAAACCAGUGGUGGCCACAGUAGAGAAGAAGAUGAAGACAAUAGAGAUGAACCUAAAGAGGGUGCAGUCGAGGUUGGAAACCGCAGACCAAGAGGAAGACCUCCUGGAUCCAAAAACAAGCCAAAACCACCCAUUUUCGUGACAAGGGACAGCCCAAACGCCCUAAGGAGCCACGUGAUGGAGAUAACUGGAGGAGCUGAUGUUGCAGAAAGUGUAGCCCAAUUCGCAAGGAGGCGUCAACGUGGGGUUUGUGUGCUCAGUGGUAGUGGCUCGGUGGCCAAUGUUACUAUUAGACAGCCUGCAGCUCCUGGUGCUGUGGUGGCCCUUCAUGGAAGGUUUGAGAUUCUGUCCCUAACAGGGACUUUCCUACCUGGCCCUGCUCCUCCAGGAGCUACAGGACUCACUGUGUAUCUCGCUGGAGGACCGGGUCAGAUAGUGGGAGGAAGUGUGGUUGGAUCUCUAGUUGCAGCAGGACCGGUUAUGGUGAUUGCUGCAACUUUUGCCAAUGCAACCUAUGAGAGACUGCCGCUUGAUGAAGAUGAUGAGGGGCCUAGUUCGGCGGCGGCGGCACAGGGUGGAGGAUCGCCACCGCUUGGAAUUGGAAGCAGUGGGGGUGGCCAGUUGCAAGGUGGAAUUCCAGAUCCAUCAUCUAUGCCUUUGUAUAAUCUUCCACCAAAUGGAGGAGGGGGCCAGGUAGGGCAUGAAGCUCUUGCUUGGGCUCAUGGAAGGCCACCUUUCUGAAUAGAUUGAUUCAUGAGGAUGCGCAAAAAAGAUGGUAGAGGGAGAGAUCUAAUAAUCAAAUUCAACCUGCUUGUGUUGAUUGAUCUUGUGCUGUAUUUUGAAGGAUAGGAAUCGCAGGAAGAGUUGCAAGGUUAGAGUACUAAUUAUAUAGUUGUGAAGAACUGUGAGAGAGGAAGCUAGCUAGCAAGCAAGCAUACUUAUUUUAUCGAUGUACAUGGAUUAUGAAACUUCUUUUUUUCUCUUUUGCUUCUGUGUUUUGAAUAAAAAACAUGAUCAUGGGCGUCUUUUUAAUAUAUUUAUGAAUAAUUUAGUAGUUUUA